AUGGCCGUAUCCAGUUUGAUUAAAUCCGGAGCUCCAUCACUGGGGCUGCGAUCUCAGAGAUCCACCCAUUGCCUCAAUCAGAUCGAAAAACUUCGCGCCAAUGGUAUUGGCGAUCUAGUUGACUUGCCUCAACUCGCCGUCUGUGGUGACCAGUCCGCAGGCAAAAGCUCCGUGUUGGAGGGCAUCACAGGCAUACCUUUUCCUCGUCAAGAGGGUCUCUGCACCCGAUUUCCCACAGAGAUUGUUCUUCGGCACUCCAAUGAGCCAUUCAAGGCGAAGGCCACUAUUCGGCCUCACUUCUCUCGCCCGCCCGGUGUUGCACAAGCCCUCAGCAACUAUGAGCGUGAGAUGAAGGAAGAUCUCUCCGACCUUCCUCUCGCCAUUGAGGAGGUCUCUAAGCUCAUGGGGAUACGUGGUUUUACCGAUUCUCCUGAUGAUGCCGCAUUUGCAUCUGAUGCUCUACGCAUUGAGAUUUCGGGUCCCACAGGACUGCAACUGAGCAUUGUUGACCUACCUGGUCUUAUCUCGGUCUCAAAUGAGGAACAGUCCCAAGCCGACGUGGAGGCUGUCCAUGCUAUGGUGCGGAGCUACCUCAAGAGCACCCGUACUAUUAUUCUUGCUGUCGUCCAGGCCAGUAACGACUUUGCCAACCAAGGCAUUAUUAAAAUCGCCCGUGAGUAUGACCCAGACGGACAGCGGACUGUCGGUAUCAUCACCAAACCCGAUCUCAUCAAUGCCGGAGCCGAGGCCAAGCUCUCCAACAUUGCUAAGAACAAGGACGCAAUUAAGCUUAAACUCGGCUUCUUCCUUCUCAAGAACCCCAGUCCAUCUGAGAUGAAGGCCGACAGUCGCAAUAACAAUCGGGCAGAGCGUGAGACGAACUUCUUCUCUUCGCCAGCCUGGAAGGCCAACUUCCCUCUCGCCUAAUUUUUCUUGGCAUCUGCUGUUAGUGAAUGAGUGAGCCUACCACCAAAUUACU